AUGUCGUCGGUCUUCAUCUCCGAGCACAAUGAUCAGUCCCAGCCACCUGAACCAACACGUCCCAAACGACCACGAUCAAGCUAUGCUUGCUCAAGGUGCAAAAAGAAAAAAGUCAAAUGCGACUUUGCACAGCCAACGUGCAAGCGAUGUGCUGCAUCCAACAGUGAAUGUAAUUACGCCACACCACCACGACGCGUAGACAAGUCGGCAUUUAAAGCCUUGGGUAUCCACGUGGAAUCGUUAAAGAUGCGUAUGCAAAAGAUGCAAGACGAGCUUGAUACAAUGCGCCAAGCACUCAAUACAACGCCUGGCAAUGAGAAUCAACCACCAUCAGCAGCAGCAAUAGCAUCAUCGAGUACCACGCCAUCACCAGUACCUGUAUCCGCUACCGAUACAACCACAGCCAACAAUAACUGUACAACAACAGCAUCAUUACCAUUUGCAACAACAAAUACAAUGAAACCUGCUUCCGUUGUCAUGGAAAAUGCUGCCGCCGCUGUUGCCGCCGCCGCAAGCCCAUUUCCAAAUCAGACGUCUGCUCCGGCAGCCUCCGCUCAACACCGUUAUCCUCCUCCUGAGGGUGCCUGGAGAAUGGAACAUUUACCCCCAACCAUACAUCACACAGAUGUCACUGAUAUGGCGGCCAUGUAUCAAGCUCUAUUGGAUGGUAUCAGUCAUCUCAACAUUAACAAUGAAUCUGCCAUGGCGGAUCAUCAUCAACAACAACAACACAUGACCACCACCAACAACAACAAUCAUGCACAGCAUAAUAUCAUGGGCGAUGCUGCUAUUGAUGAAUUGACCAAGAAUUGGUAUCCUUGUUGUUUUCUUCCUUAUCAAUCAGUGGAAACAAAGAACGGCAACGACCCAACACCCUUGUUGACGUGUUCCAUCAGAGCAUGGGUUGUUCAACAUGCAUGUAUCUUUCAUCAAGCAUGUCCUGGUGUUGAUCCAACCUUGGUAGGAGAAGCCUAUUACAAUCAUGCACAGCAAUCAUUAAUGGGCCAGGGUACCACCCCUACAUUGCCAACAUUGACUACAAUCCACGCCCUUUUGAAUUUGUACAUGUACCAAAUCAGCAAUGGCCGAUCCGAUUUAGCUCAUACCCAUAUUGGGAUGGCUGUGCGUAUGGCUCAAGAACUUGGAUUACAUCGACGACCCACAAGGAGGAAAAGAGCGACCAAAGAAGAGACGAGACAAGCUGAAAGAAAGAAACGGCUAUGGUGGUCCGUGUAUUGGCUUGAUUUAUGGGCUGCUCUUGGAUCGAAUAGAGCUCCUAUGGUGGAUGAUAUGGAAUGCAAUGUGGAUCCUCCUCAAAAAUUGGACAAUGAAAAUGAGGAAACUGGAUAUCGAAUCAACUAUGGCGUACAUUCAAUUCGACUUUUACGUAUUCGCAAAGACAUCAUCAAUCAGCUACCAUUACACCAAGACAAGGAGGCAUUGUUGUCAGCAAUAUCAAAUUUGGAUCUUACACUCAAGCAAUGGUUUGCUGAAUUGCCUGCUGAAUUGCGAUUUCCCAUUAGCGGCACACUUGAAGGCAAAGGAGCAUUCAAAGAUGAAGCGUGUCUGUUAUUGAUUAUACAAUACCAUACGACAUGGAUCAUGCUUCACAAGUUCUUUUUACCACGACAUCAAUUGGAUAAGAUGGAGCAGCAGCAACACGAUGAUCAUCCAAAUGCACUACUUUCGCUCAACACUUGCACGCGUGCAGCUAUCGCUAUUACUCGUGCUCUUGAAUUGUAUGCAGACAAUGGAAGCUGGUGUCAAUUCUAUUUUGUUUUGGAUGGUGUCCUUGUCAGCAUUGCAGUACAUCAACUCAACGCCUUAUCAACUGAUGCAGGCAUUGCAUGUCUCUCCCAACGCAACUUGAUAGCAACAGCCAAUGUGCUUCGCAAUUCGCCAAUGAUCUAUAUGCAAAAGGUGCAACGGGUUAUUGAGAAUAUCGAGACGUUCUUACGCAGGGAAUCAAUGCCUACUCGAUUAGAAGAUGUUCCACCAGUGGAUCAAAAUGCGGUUUUACGGCAAUCAGGGGGAUCACGUUAUCGACAACAAGCAGCAGCAGCAGAGGGUACCAUCAAUGCGAAUGCCAUGUUAUCAGGUUCAUCGCCAUCAGGAACGACACCUUCACCUACGACUGUACAUAACACCAUGCAUCAAACUACACCACAAGCACCACGACCCUCGAGUUAUGACAUGUACAAUUUACCAGAGCACAAUGGUAUGGCACCAACGCAGCAGCAAUCACCUUCAUCAUCCGAUGUGCGAAUGGCCUCAGCUUCGACCAUGCCAACGACUAGCAAUUUGAUGGCAUCAGGCGUAUUCUAUGACCCAUUGAUGGAUUUUCAUCUUUCUGGUAGAGAUGGUGGGAUGCUUUUUAUGAGCGGGAAUGAAAUGCAACCAACGCAUGCGAUCAAUACUUCUUCUGAAGCUGCUCUUGCACAACACAUGUUCGUAUCCGCCACAGUAGAUACUCAACAAUUUACAGCAGUGAAUGAAGAACCUCAUCAUAUUUAUACCAAUCGACCCUUUCCAGCAAGUGAAUCGGCUGCUGCUGCUGCUGCUGCUGUCAUGUAUCAACAUCAUCAACGACCACCACCUCCUCCUACGCAACAACAACAACAACAACAACAUCACCACCACCACCCUCAUCCUCAUCAACAACAGCCAUCCAAAAUAGCUGCUGCACCACCACCACCUAACAAUGUAUACCCGAAUCAUCAUCAACAUCAUCAGCAUUCCAUGUAUACUCAGCAUCAUACUUAUCCAUCACCCAUGCGACCCACUCAACAACAACAACAGCAUCAACAUCAACAGCGACCCAUGGCCAAUGGAACACCUCAUUACACAGUGAUGCCAUCCGCUUAUGAUGCUGCCAUGUUUGCACCAGUGGAUCCAUCAGUCAAUCCAGCCUUGUUAUCACAAACAAGUCAUCCACAGCAAUACAAUACGCACCCAACAUUCCCUCCCAAUGCUGGAACGGAUGACGAUAGCGAAGCAGCAGCAUCCACAGGUGGAUACAACACGGCAGGAUAUGCACGUAUGGCAGCAAAACGAUCACGAGGUGAUUGGGAUAAUGGUGGAUAA